AAAUUUACCUGUAAAACCACCUUCUCAUCCACAGUUCUGAAAAAGAAAGUUUACCAUGACAUUACAGUGAGAUUCAAAAGCACAACCAUCCGCAUGAAGAAGCAGAACAAAGGAUAUGGUCUUCGUUGCCACCGAGCUAUCAUCACCAUCUGCAAACUAAUUGGCAUUAAAGACAUGUACGCCAAGGUUUCUGGAUCCAAAAACUUGAUUAACAUUACCAGAGCUCUCUUUAAAGGCUUGACACAACAGGAGACUCACCAACAGUUAGCGAACCAGAAAAGUCUCUAUGUAGUGGAGUUCCGGGAAGAGCAGGGCCCUCUGCCCAUCGUCGUGGCACUGCCUGAGGGGACUGUCCGCGAGGAUCCCGAGCCAGAAGAUGAGGUUCCAGACACAAAGCUGGAGUGGAGUGAAGUGAAAGAAGCUCAGGGAAUGAAGAAAUCUCCCUGGGCAAACGUCAGACGGACAGUAUGGUAA